AUGUCAGCCAUUAUGCAUUGUCUAUCAGUUUCUUUAUUCUUUCAUCAGAAUUUCUUUCUUGCCCAUGUUCCUGGUGGUGAGCUGUUUGAUUACCUUUCCGAGAAAGACAGAUUAUGUGAGGCAGAAGCAUCAGCAUUCAUUCGACAGAUUCUGGAUGGUCUGAUCCACCUUCAUGAAAAACAUAUUGCACAUCUGGAUCUCAAACCUGAGAAUAUUCUGAUGGUAAGCAGAUCAAGUCAACGGAUCAAACUGAUAGAUUUUGGCCUGUCCAGAAAAUUAAAGCCUGGUUUAGACAACAGAGCUAUGAUGGGAACUGCCGAGUUUGUUGCUCCAGAAGUUGUGAGUUAUGAACCCUUAUCUCUGGCAACCGAUAUGUGGAGUAUUGGAGUCAUUACUUACAUAUUACUCAGUGGAACAUCUCCGUUUCUUGGUGAUAACCAGCAGGAAACCUACCAAAACAUCACAUCUGUUGAUUAUGAUUUUGAAGAUGAUUAUUUUGAGACAACAAGUAAACUAGCAAAAGACUUCAUAGACAAACUGCUUGUCAAAAAUCCCAGAAAACGUGCAAAUGUUGCUGAUUGUUUGGCUCAUCCUUGGAUUCAGAGAAUUGAAAAAAGAGAUAAGACAAUGGCAGAAAGCAUACCAAAUGAUGAGCACCUCAAUUACAAAGAGCCGGCUGAGAAAGAAGAAGAUGAUUUAAAAGCUGCUGUGAUCAAUACUGGACACUUGAGAACAUUCAUAUCUCGGAGGCGGUGGAAACAAGCCAUCAAGAUCAUUCUCCUUUGCAACCGAUUGUCCAAGGUUACAAGUGUUCAUAGUAAAAUGGAAAAUAGUAAAAACUGUCAAGUAAAUGACCACCAUUCCAAUAAUGACAAAGCUGAGAACAUUGUGAUGGCUGCCGUGUUCCAGACUGCUGAAGAUGGUAACCUGAGUGGGUUGAAGGAAUUGUUGAAUAUGGCAAACAAUGUCAACGUCAACAUUGCUAACAGACAUGGAGAAACUGCUGUGCAUAUGGCUUCUAGUGGUGGCCAUGUUGAAGUUGUGAAAUAUCUUCAUUCCAAAGGAGCCAACAUUGAUGUACUUGACAAGCACAAUGACAGUGCUAUUUACUGGGCUGCUCGUCAAGGACAUCUUGAGGUUGUACGUUAUUUGAAAGAAGAAGGUGUACCAUUGGAUACUCAAAACAAAUCUGGUGAAUCUGCUUUACACGUAGCCGCUCGUUAUGGACAUGCUCAGAUUGCAGAAUAUCUGUGUUUGGCCGGCUCUGAUAUUGAUCUACAAGAUAACCUUGGUGAGACAGCGCUUCACAAUGCGGCCUGGCAUGGCUUCCUGCAGAUAGCAUAUGCCCUGUCUGCCGCUGGUGCUCAGAUGAAUAUCCAGAACAAGGAUGGGGAAACUCCCCUCCAUUGUGCUGCUGCCAGAGGCCACUCAGAAUGUGUCCGUGUUUUGCUAGAGUAUAAUGCUUUGACCAGUAUGGUGGACAAGAAUGGCCGCACCCCUUUGCACCUAGCAUGUAACAGACGUCAUGUUCAAAUUGCAUUAUUGCUGAUCAACAAAGGUUGUGACCUUGACUCUACAGAUUUGGAGACGGGUGAGAAUGCCUUGCAUGCUGCUGCACGGGACGGUUUGAUGCCAGUUGUUCAGGCCAUGUGUGGUUAUGGCUGUGCUGUUGAUGUUACCAACAGGUUUGGUGCUACUCCCUUGCAUUUAGCCAGUAAAGCUGGUCAUAUAGAAAUUGUUCGUUGUCUCCUUCUGGCUGGGUCUAAUGCUGACUUGAAAAAUAAAGAUGGAGUUACUGCUGAAAUUAUGGCUUUAGCCCAAGGAUAUACAGAUAUUGCUGAAUUACUUAAUAAAGUUCAUGCUGAUCGAGCUGCUGCCUUUAUUCAACAACUGAAUCCAAUAAAUCAACCGCUUUCUCGGAUCAAAAUCAAAAUACUUGGUUCAACUGCUGUCGGCAAAUCUACUCUUAUCGAGUCACUGAAGUGUGGUCUGUUCAGCAGCUUCUUCAGAGGACGUCUCUUCAGUGUUGGCUCCUUAUCUGCAAGAGAGAAAAAUCGUUCACGUAUGCUACGUCAAUACAGUCUCCCAACACCAUUAUGCUAUUCUAUUGGGAACCCAACUUACACAAAAGGAAUUGAUGUACAACAGGUGACAAUUAGUGGCAUUGGAGAUGUUAGCUUUUGGGAUUUUUCAGGCUACCAACCGUAUUAUAUGCUUUAUGACCAUUUCCUUGGGGAUAUCAAUUGUGUUCAUUUGAUUGCAUUCAGUUUAAUGGAUGCAUUAGAUGAACAAUUGGCACAGGUUAUUUUUUGGCUCAAUUUUGUUAAAUCACGAAUUCCUCUACAACCACCUUUGGGUCAAUGUGGCAAGCCAAUGGUUCCACUCAAAAUGAUACUCAUUGCAACUCAUGCUGAUCAAGCAAACUACCCUCGCAAUAACCGUGGAGAAUUUGUAUGUCGCGAAGCACAGAUAAUUCUUACCAAAGCUCAGGCACUGUUCGGUAAUGACAUGGAGAUUGUUGACAGAAUAUUCGUGCGAUGGUUUUUUCCUGUUUUUCAACUUCCCUAUUGGCGUCGUUCUUCCUCUUCAUUUCCUGUAUUAACCUGGAAGAAUUUCUCAGAAUAUGUUCGUGCCAAGAUCAACCCACUUGCUGGAGAAAUCCACCUAAAGUCUCUUGUUCAUCAUUUACAACUAAUUGGAGAAGUUGUGUAUCUUGAAAGUGAAAAUGGUCAAGAUCUUGUAGUGCUUAAUCCUUCAUGGCUGUGCACUGAUGUAAUAGGAAACUUGAUAUCCCAUGACAAGAUCCUACAGACCCGAAUCACUGGCUGUUUCACAGUGGAUGAUUUCCAGCUUAUGUACCCAGAGACAGAUGCCCUCGACUUGCUGCAAGUCCUCGAGUGUCUUGAAGUCUGCACUCAGUGUGAUAAUGAUGGGGAAAUUGAAUAUGAAUUCCCUUGCCUGAAUUUUAUAGAAACAUUGACUGGUCUCUGGCAAAAGGACAACCAACAUUACCCAGACGCUGUUUAUGGAGGAAUGCGAUUGAUGUCUGUCACAGAUAAUGGCAACCAAUUUAAGUAUCUCUUUCCUAGGGUUCAAGUUCACUUGAGGCGGACCCUUAUUCAAGAAACGGUUGAUCCAACACUGGAUCUUUACCAGUGGCACCAUGGAUCUAAAUAUUGCUGUGGAGAAUUAGAAGGGAUCUUAAACAUGGACAAGAAUGAGCAAUUUUUUGAAAUUAAAGUGCGCGGUCCAAAAGACUCCAGAACUGCCGUGUUUUACUUCCUUGAAGACUUUGUAACAGCAAUUGAACAAAUAGUUCAUGAUAUUUGCCCAAAUUUCCACAUAGAACGACAUGUUCUUCAUACAGGUCAAUUGAGUGAACAUUGCAAGAUUGUGGCUAGUUACUGUCCUCGUCAAUUAAUAGAAUGUCAACUUGAUCAUUCGUUGACUGUCAAAUUAGAUGACAUGGACCCUGAAUGUAUUGCUGAAGUUGUGUUUCUUGGCUCACCUGAUGUCAUGGACAAUGUCACCCUCGGGGUCGACCUGCAUAUUUCAACACUGUCUAUUCAUGCCCGUCGUGUAUUGAGUGCCAUGCUUGAUCCCCCAGACCCGAUGGGGCGGGACUGGUGUCUCUUAGCUGUUACUCUGGGACUUACCAAUGCCUUGCCAUCACUUGAUUCUGGUAGCAAUAAGCUAGAAAGCAAAACAAACCGAACUCUUGAAGAAUGGUCUUUGGACCCGCAAGCCACAAUCACCGUUUUAGUGACAAAGCUUCGUGAGAUUGGACGAAACGAUAUAGUUGAGGCCCUCUAUUCACAGCUAGUACUUUACCAAGUGGGCUAUGAAGAUACUAGUGCUGAAGACAAUAGUGGUGGAAGCAGACAGGGGACAAAUGCAUCAACAAAUACUCUCUCUAGUUUAUCCCGGGGAAGCUUCCUUUUCUUUUUCUUUCUUUUCUUUUUCUUUCUUUUCUUUUUCUUCCUUUUCUUUUUCUUCCUUUUCUUUUUCUUCCUUUUCUUUUUCUUCCUUUUCUUUUUCUUCCUUUUCUUUUUCUUCCUUUUCUUUUUCUUCCUUUUCUUUUUCUUCCUUUUCUUUUUCCCUUUUCUUUUCUUCCUUUUCUUUUUCUUCCUUUUCUUUUUCUUCCUUUUCUUUUUCUUUCUUUUCUUUUUCUUUCUUCUUGCUGCACUUAAUUCCCAUUUCAGCAGCUUUUUCUUUUUUUUCUUCUUUUUUUUCUUCUUUUUUUUCUUCUUUUUUUUCUUCUUUUUUUUUCUUUUUUUUUCUUUUUUUUUUUCUUUUUUUUUUUUUUUUUUUUUUUCUUCUUUUUUUUCUUCUUUUUUUUCUUCUUUUUUUUUCUUCUUUUUUUUCUUCUUUUUUUUCUUCUUUUUUUUCUUCUUUUUUUUCUUUGUUACAAUGAACAGUUUAAAAAAUGAAGGUCAUUAG